AUGGAGACGAAAAUCUGGGAGGAGAAGGUGAACAUGACAUCCAGAAGAGCAUCUGCCCCGUUGUGGUGCCCUAAGGGCGACUCCAUCAGGGUAAUCACAGGCCUGUGGCUCAUGAUUUCGUUCAUCCUGGGCUCAGUCUACAGGAGCAACCUGAUGGCGAUGCUUAUCAUGCCCAGGCUCCGCCUGCCCUUCAACAGCAUCGAGGAACUCAUCAACAGCCGCAUACCCACGUUCGUCAUGAAGGGCAGCAUGCUCAACCAGGCUAUGGAGAGCGCAUCUGAAGGCUCCCCUUUGUACCAGCUGAAGAAGCAGGCCGUCUUCCACAACGACAUCACCCGGCUGUCCAUAGACCUCACACAGGGGAAGAUGGCUGCGUUCUUGGGCAAGAGGGCCUUCUCUUACCUCCUGCACCAGAGGUAUUCGACUAGAGGCUUCUGUGACGUGUACAUCGCCAGAGAAACCGUUUUCGGAGGGACCUCCUUGAGCAUCGCCUUCCCCCUCGGCUCCUCCCUCAAGGCCAAGGUCGAUCCCAUGUGA